UUGUAUGUAUGUCCAUUCGCAGUUUACGUUUCGGUAACAAUGUACGUGUAUGUUAUCAUCAGCUCGCCAUAUUCCGCACACACUCGUGUUUCAGUCACCUUAACGGAGGUAUACAAGCCGACUCAUAACAGACGACUAGCACAGUAUGUACUGUGACUAAUACCUACUAAGGUCUAAAAUAUCGUAUCACACAUGGAAUUACGUAGUUCCUUUUUAUUACGGUUUUAAUAGUGUCUUUUAUGUUUCACAUUAGUGCUCCUUAAUGUUCGUAUUCUUAAGUAAAAUGAAUGCAAGCUACAAGUGGUUUUGGAAAAAGAAGUGCGGUUUUAUGUGUGAAAUUAUCAGUGAAUAUAGAAAAUAAUUAAAUAUUAAUACUUAUUAGUGUACUGUGUGACUUAGACGGGAACAAAAUUAAGUUAAAAACAACAUGUUUAAAAAGAAAACUGUCAUAUUGUUCAUAUUUGGUGUUUCUGUGAUCGUUCCUUUUGCAUAUCAUUUUGUUGGAUAUACAGAGGCUCAAAGACUUAUAUAUCAUGUGCAUGAUUCGAACGCGUUCAAUUUUAAUGCACUUCGCACGAGCCAUGGAUUAUGGGUUGAGAAACCCCAAAGAAAGAGUUGGUCGACUUCAGUAUUGGGGGGAAUAUUAUUUCAUGGCGACCCAAUACCAAACCCUAACCCUAAUGCAGGAAGGCAAUACGUCGUGCUCGUUUGGAAAUAUUGGGAUUGGUUGAAGCAUCGACAUGUGUUUAACUUUGGGAAAGAAGGAGUAGAAAAAGACAUUUUGGACGGUUGCAGCGUCAAAAAUUGUAUAUUUUCUGGUGAUGACGCCCUCAUGGACAUAGCGGACGCAGUUCUCGUUCACAUUCAAAGAGGAGUGGUACCAUCAGUGAAGAAUAGGAACCCUAAACAGAGAUGGAUAUUUUUGAACGAUGAAUCGCCAACACAUGCGUUCACGUUGGCUAAGCAGCGUCCGAAAAUGGAAACUCUGUACAAUGUGUUUAAUUGGUCCAUGACAUAUCGGAGCGACUCUGACAUACCGGUGCCUUAUGGUCGAACUGUUCUUUUGCCAAAACCGGUAUUAAGUGAAUAUAAUUCGUUAGCAGAAAUCGCCACAUUGAUACCAAACUGGGAUCGAAAAAGACCAGACAAAACAGCUGCAGUGCUGAUGUCUAACUGUGCAAUAAAAGCAAGAAAUGAUUUCUUAAAAAAAAUGAGGAAGUACAUCGACGUAGAUGUGUAUGGAGGAUGUUCCGACAAGAAAGAGCUUCGAACGAGUUGUCCAGGACAUUUUAAAUCAGAUUGUGACCCAAUAGCAGAAUACUUUUUUUACUUAGUGUUAGAAAAUACGAGUUGUUAUCAAUACUUGACUGAGAAGGGAUUUUACCAUGCGUACUCGAAAGGUGCAAUACCAGUUAUAUUUGGACCAUCUCGUGAAGACGUUGAGAGCCUGUUACCACCAAAUUCUUACAUAUUUGCUGAUGCGGACACGGAUAUAGAAAAUCUAGCCAAAGAUAUAAAGGCUGUUGCGUCAAACGUUGAUCUCCUUCUCUCGAUGCAUACAUGGAGGAAUCAUUUCGAAGUUAUCAAUGAACACGGAUAUUUUGGCACAAAAUCUUAUCAUCUAUGUCGUGUUUGUGAAGCCCUAAAUUAUAAUAAUGAAGAAGAAAAAGUUUAUGACAGUGAACUUUUGGAUAUGUUCUUCGACCCGUCAAAAUCGUGUUACGGAUAAAAAAAAGUGAGCGAAAAUGUGUGAUAUUAUUGUUAUAUGUACAUACUUGUUACAUUAUAGAAAUAAAUAAUAAACGUUGUUGUUUAAUGAAUU